UGAUGCAUUUCGUAUUGCAGGUAGUCGACUAAAAAACUAUUGAAAACUAUAUAGUAUAGGAAGGGGCAUUCAGGGACUCAUAUAAUCAACCGGGGGUUUUCGUGUAUGAAAACAUGGAAAGGUUGUAUUCGAGUUGGAAGAGGACAUUCAGUCUUUCAGUCGUUGAGGUACGCUCGUACGGGACGUCCACCAACUCUCUCUUUUUUUUUUUUAAAUUCUGUAUCAGAUUUCCUCGUUUUUUUUCUUCAAAGUGUACAUAUUUUUUUUAAUUUGACCAGUGUGUGUGCUUCAAUAAAUUUAUUAUAAAAAUAUACAAUAAAUUUAUGAAAAAAAAGUGAUUGGAAAAGAUAAAAAUUUUCAUUUUAUUUUUAAAUUUGAAAAAUAAAAAUGACGUAAAUUUACUGACAUCAUCAAAACGUCGAUGUCAGAAUGCGUUGGUUUCGGGGCAACGUCGAGGCACCAAAAUUACUGAGUCUAAGUCCACUGCGAGGUGAUGAUACAGAUGCGGAUACAAUUCACUUUCGUUCCAGAUCAAGAGAUAAAUCACCAGUUAGAUGGCCACGUAGAAAAUCAUCAAGUCCAGAAAAAAAUUGUUACAAUGUUCAAACAUCAAAAAUAACAACUGAAAAAUGUAGUAGUAGUAAAAAAGAUAAAAAAAAAAUUCAUGAAGAAAGAAAAAAAUUUUGUGAAAAAAAAAAUCCAUUAUUAGAUAGAGUUAAAAAUACAAGAUUAAGUUUUUUUAAAGAUAAAAUUAAUGAUGAUUAUAAUGAUGAUAGUUUACAGUGUAAUUCAAUGUGUGAUAUUGAAAAUUUAGAAUUAAAAAGAACAGAUAAUCGUAGAUCAAUAUGUGAAAUUGAUUUUAAAAAAAUAAAUGAUAAAGAAAAAUUGCAAAUUAAAAAAAAAACAAGAUCAAAAUCACAUACAAGAAUAUCACUAAAAAAAAAUAUAGAUGAUAAAUUUAAUUAUUUGGGUUUUAAUACAUCAACAUCAUCAAAUAAAUCAUGUUGGUCAAAAGAUGAUAAUGUAUCAUCAAUAAGUCCACCAAAAACACGUAAAAGUUUUCAUGGUCAUAAAAAUUUUUUAAAAGAUUAUACUGGUUCAAAAAAAACAAUUGACAUUGAUAAUAUAGAUGAUGAUAAAGAUUUAUCAUUUAAUAAUAGUACACUAGUUGACAGUCAUCAAAGUCCAUCAAGUUGUCUAGCAUCAAAAUUUCGAGCAAUGCAAGAUCGUUAUGUUAAAAGUUCAACAAACAGAUUAAUAGCUAAAAUAUAUCGUAAGGAUGUGAAAGAUAAUGAUAAACGUAGACUGCGUAGUUUUUCAUAUGGUGCAUUACCAGGUUUAGAAGAGCUACGUACAAAUCCAUUAUUUGAAGAUCAUGAACAAGAUGACAAUGAUUCUGGAAUAUUGGAUAGUGGCUCAGCAACAAGUUCUCUAUUUGAUGAUCGAUGUGGUAGUGGUGCUUCUGGAUUAAUAACAAAUGACUCUUCACCAUCACAAAUAUUACCAAAAACAAAAACAACAACAUCAUCAACAUCUUCAGCAUCACCAACGUCAUCGUCAUCUUCGUCAUUUGAUUUAGAACAAAAUCAAAGCUCAAAAACAGAUUCAAAUAAUUCUGAAUAUUUAGGUAAAAAAAAUAAUAAAAAAGAUUUACAUAAAAUUUAUACAAAAAUGAGUGUACAUAAUUUAAGUCUUGGUAUUGAAAAAAAUCCAUUAAAUACAAUAUAUAAUAUUAAAAAAAAUGAAAUAAAAAAUGAUAAAAUUAAUUUAUUUAAUAAUGAAAAUGAUAAAAGUAAACAAUUAAAAGUUGUUAGAUCAAGUUCAUGUACAACUGAAACAAUUGUAUUAAAAUUAAAACGUGAAUUUUCUGAUCAAUCAUUAGGUAUAUUUAUUGCUAAAAAUAAAAAUUUAAGUAAUGGUUAUUUAGUUGCUCAUGUUGUACCAAAUGGUCUUGCUGAUAAAGAAGGAACACUUAAAAUUGGUGAUGAAAUAUUAAUUGUUAAUGGUAAAAGAUUAAAAGGACUUGAUAUGUCAGAAGCAAGAUGUGUACUUGGUAGUGGUAAUACACCUGGUGAUGUUGAUAUUGUUAUAUCAAGAUAUAUUAAUAUUGAACAACCAAAAAAAUUAAAAGAAAGUAGUGUUGAUUAUGAAAAUAUAACAAUUGAUAAUAAUAAAAUUAUAAAUGAUUCAAUUGAUUCACCAAAAUUACAUUUUAAAAAAAAUCAUCCAAGACAUUAUAGAGAUAAAAAAAAUGAAUCUGCACGUUCAAUAAAUUCAGAUAAAUGUCGUCUAGUUAAUAGUGGAACAUCACAAAUUUCAACUAAUUUUUGUACUCUACCUAGACGACCAAAAACUUCUGUAACGACAUUUCACACAGUGGUAUUUGAAAAAGGUCAUGGAAAAAAAUCAUUGGGAUUUACUAUUGUCGGUGGUAGAGACAGUCCCAAAGGAAGCAUCGGUAUCUUCAUUAAGUCAGUUUUACCGGGUGGUCAAGCUGCUGAAGAUGGACGAUUGCGAGCUGGAGAUGAAAUUUUAGCAGUAAAUGGACAAGUUUCUCAUGAUUUAACACAUCGUCAAGCUGUACAAUUAUUUAGAAAUAUUAAAAGUGGCUCACUUGCUUUACAUCUCUGUCGUAGAGUCAAACAACGUGAUGCACAAUCAAUCAAGGCUAAAUCAUGUGCUGAUUUAUUAACAGUCGAUGCUUAAUAUGGCUCUUUAAUUUGUAUAAAAAAAAAUUAAAAAAUU